AUGAAAAAUGCUCAACAACAUCGCCAAAACAGUGAGACUAACAAUCCUCCGUCAACUGUUACUAGGUGGUGCAAACCUUCUGCUGGUCGUCUCAAGUGUAAUAUUGAUGCAUCCUUCUCCCAGAAUAAGGUAGGCAUUGGUAUCUGUAUUAGAAAUGAUGCUGGCCAGUUUAUUGCAGCACGAACAGAAUGGUUUUCCCCAUGUACUGAAGUGGCUAUAGGAGAAGCCAUAGGCCUUUUGUCAGCUAUAAAGUGGGUUAUUAAUUUGGGCUUUGAUAAUAUGGAUUUUGAAUUAGAUGCAAAGCAAGUCGUCGAUAGUGUGAUUUCUGUGAAGCCAAACGACUCGGACUUCGGAGCUAUUGUCGAUGAUUGUAGAAGGUUAAUUACUCUCUCUCUUAGGAACUCUCAUGUUAAGUUCGUUAGAAGACAAGCCAAUGAGGUUGCUCAUGCUCUUACACGGGUGGCUCCAUCCCUAGCUAGUUUUCACAAUUUUACUGAUAUUCCAACAUAUCUGAUUCUUACAAGGAAAUUAAUGGUGAAGGCAGUUCUCAAAGAGGUUUAA